AUGGAGAGUGCAAUCACACUGUGGCAGUUCCUUUUGCAGUUGCUGCUGGACCAGAAGCACGAGCACCUGAUUUGCUGGACAUCUAACGAUGGUGAAUUCAAGCUACUCAAGGCAGAAGAAGUGGCUAAGCUGUGGGGACUCAGAAAAAACAAAACUAAUAUGAAUUAUGACAAGCUGAGCCGAGCGCUCAGAUACUAUUAUGACAAGAACAUCAUCAAGAAAGUGAUCGGACAAAAAUUUGUGUACAAGUUUGUCUCCUUUCCUGAGAUUUUAAAAAUGGAUCCACAUGCUGUGGAGAUCAGCAGAGAGAGCCUUUUGCUGCAGGACAGCGACUGUAAGAUGCCCUCUGAGAGCAGGGAGCAGCACAAGCACAGCUUGUCGGCGCUGAAAAGCACAAGCCGUAAUGAGUAUAUCCACUCUGGCCUCUACUCCUCUUUCACUAUCAACUCUCUGCAGAAUCAGCCAGACCCUUACAAGCCAAUCAAAACAGAAAAACUGGAGGAGAAGUCAGAAAGAAGCACACCAGUUGAAGAAGUGCGGACUGUUAUAAGAUUUGUGACAAACAAAACAGACAAACAAGUUAUGAGGCCCAUGGUGUCGCUGCCUUCCACUUCCGAAACAGCAGCUGCCUCUGCUUUCCUCAGCUCCUCAGUAUCAGCUAAAAUAUCUUCCUUAAUGCUACCCAACAGUGCCAGCAUUUCAUCUCCAUCGUCGUCUUCCUCCAGGUCGCCGUCUCUGUCUCCCACCUCGCCCCUCCCUGUGGAGCACAGGAGCCUCUUCCUUGAGUCCAGCUGCCACGACUCAGAUUCCCUGGAGCCUCUGAACCUCUCCUCAGGCUCCAAGGCCAAAUCUCCAUCUCUUCCCCCAAAGGCUAAAAAACCCAAAGGCUUGGAAAUCUCUGCCCCGCCUAUGGUCCUCUCCAGCACCGACAUCGGUUCCAUCGCCCUCAACAGCCCCGCGCUCCCGUCGGGAUCCCUGACUCCAGCUUUUUUCACCGCGCAGACCCCAAAUGGAUUAUUGCUGACCCCAAGCCCGCUGCUGUCCAGCAUUCAUUUCUGGAGCAGCCUCAGUCCUGUUGCUCCUCUGAGUCCUGCCAGGCUGNNNNUACCUUUUGGCCUCUUGCAGUUUCCAACCCUGCUCAAUGGUCACAUUCCAGUGCCACUCCCCAGCCUGGACGGAGCCUCCUCCCCAGUCCUGCUUUCUCCGAACGCCCAGAAAUCCUGAUGACGCCUCAUCACGCCAAGGACUUUUUGGUGGAUUUAACACUUCAUUCCUAUGGGCUCGUUUUUUUUCCUGUGUCAUGAGAAGGACAUUGUGAAACCCUCUGUUACUUUGGUUUGCACUUUUCAUUACAUGGAUAAUCUACUUUUAUUAUGUUAGCAUUUUUAAACAGUGUUUAUAUAUAAAAGUAUAUAUAAAUCUGUUUUGCAUUAAAUGAAUUAUAAUUUUUUUUAUAUCAUAGCUCUCAAGUGUUGAACACUUCUGUUGUCGAUGAAGUACUUUUCUUAAUGAAUUGCAACAGUGUAUCUAAUAAGGAUGUGAAGCUUCUUUUUAAUCCCCUUUUCUGCAUAUUAUGCAUUGUGCUUGUGUAAACUAUAACCGGCUGUGCCUUCUUUUGCAUAAUGUCAUGUAAAUGAUUUAUAUAUUUUCUAGUAUUAAGAUGAAAAG